AUGUUAUCUACAAAAGAACUAUAUCAUCCACUGAAAGAUGGUGAGAUCAGAGUUCUUGGAAUAGAGCCAGGCACUUUCGAUGAACCUAUUCAUUGCACUUUAUCUCCAUGUUUACUUGAUGAUAACCCUAAAUAUCAAGCACUUUCCUAUACUUGGGGAGAUCCAUCGAUUCGUGCUCCGAUCACAGUCGAUGGCCAUGUACUCAUGGCGACCACAAAUUUAGAAAGUGCAUUGAGAUAUCUUCGGGUUCCCAAAAUUACUCACGUCCUAUGGGUCGACGCGAUCUGUAUUAACCAGGAAGAUAUUCCCGAGCGGGGUAUGCAGGUACAACAGAUGCGUCACAUUUAUAAGGAUGCGAAAGAUGUGUUAAUAUGGCUCGGUCCACCGGAGCUUUCAACUAGAGGAUUGAGGGAUGAUGAGGAUCCUCAUGUAGAAACUGAGAGUACUAUUCCUAGCACUUCGAACCACUUUAAAGCCUUGAAGUUACUUGCUAGUUGGUUUCAAAGCGUCGAGCGUGGUGAAACAAAAUGUCCUCACCUAGAUUUUGAGAACAAAGAUAAAUGGCGAGAAGCAUUGCAAUGCGAGUUUUGGAAACCAUUGAAGAAUCCCUAUUGGACCAGAUUAUGGAUUAUCCAAGAAGUUGCUCUAGCUAAGAAUCCCAUUGUUCAUUGUGGCUCACAUUCAAUCUCCUUUGAUGAUUUGAUUUUUGGCAUUCGUUAUGCUUCGUCUUGUGGAACUCAUUAUGCUGUGGCAAGUGGUGAAGACCACUGGUUGGAUGAAUAUUCAUAUGGUAUUGUCGGGAUAUCGAUCAUGUGA